CGCUUGAUGUAAUUAAGUAGAAUGCGUAUAUCUGCUUUAGGUCACACCUCAUGACGUACAUUUCACUUCUCUUGCCAGUUUGUUCUUCGGAUUGACCUUUUUUAGUCACCGAGUGACUCUGCUCCUUAAAAGUUAUGGCCGGACGUUUCCCGUCCCUGGCAAAAGAGAACCUUCGAACUAUUCUUCCUCUCCAGAUAUACCAGUCCCAGAACCAACACCAUUGAUGAUCACCCCAGAGUAGGUGAGAACCUAUGAUAGGCCGUGGAGGCCCUUCAGACGGCCACGUUAUCAAACCAUGAGUAUUUUCAAACUAGACAUAAAUCACUAGUUGGAUAUGGACAGGUACUACUGGCACUAUCUCGAAAAGAAAAAGAGAAUCUUCCACGAGUACGGGGACACAAAUAUUGCCUCGUUACCAGAAUCCGAUGACGCCUGCUUGGAGUUGGUGGAAACCGUCCGCGCCCAUAUACUGAAGAGAUACCCCUUGUUGUUCCAGUCCAAUGAUGGUAUAAUCGUGUACAAUAACUUGACCGAUGAAGUUUUAGACAUGACUGAGUCGUUAAAGGAACAUCCGUUGAUCUAAGUCUCUAAUAUGGCCAAGGAGGAUUUCUUUAUGGUUCAGAAACGCCCGGAUGGCAUGUAUUACCUGGUAGCCGCAGAGGUUCCGUUCCCAGGAGGCCUGUUUG